UGAAGCAGCUGCAGCACAACAACCAGAAAUCGUAAAAGCGUUGGAUUAUCCACAGGGAACAACAUCGACGCCACUGGCAAGUGGUUCUUCCAGCGUUACCAAUCCAAGGACAGAGCGGAAGGACUCAUCGACCGGAUACACAAUGAGCCACUGUGAUAACAACUGGAAUGUGAAUCUCGUCCGUUUCUUACCUCUCGCACUCAGAAUCUACAUCGUGACAUGGAACGUCAGCACCAAGUUCCCGGAAAACAUCUCCCUCAACAAAUUGCUCGGGUUGGAGAAUCGCCCAGAUCAGGACACGGCCCUACCGGACUUUUUUGUCAUUGGACUGCAGGAGGUGAAUGCCCAACCCCAGAACACUCUGUACAAUCUGUUCAAGGAUGAUCUUUGGACACAAAAGUUUAAGGAGGUACUGAAGGAGCGUGACUUCGUUGUGAUCAAGACGGAACAGAUGCAGGGUUUGCUGCUAUCGGUGUUUGCCCGGCGGAAACAUUUGCUUCAUCUGCGGCAGGUUGAGACGGAGUACACCCGGACUGGAUUGGGUGGAAUAUGGGGUAAUAAGGGUGCUGUGAGCAUACGUCUGAACGUGUACGGCAGCUCGAUCUGCCUGGUAAAUGCACAUCUGGCCGCACACGAUCACAUGCUGGAGGAGAGAAUCAAUGACUACGAACGGAUUGUACAGGAGCAAAAGUUUCACGUUAAAGCAAAGGAAACCAUCUUUGAUCAUGACUACGUGUUUUGGUUCGGAGAUCUGAACUUUCGCCUAACGGGCGAAGCGACCACAUCCGCCGACGAAAUCCGUGCGAUGGUUGCCCGGGACGAGCUGAAGCAGCUGAUCGAGAAGGACCAGCUGCUGCUAGUGAGACGCGAGGGUCGUGCGUUUAGUCAGCUACAGGAGCGAUUACCACAGUUUCCACCAACGUUUAAGUUCGAGCACGGUAGCAAUGACUACGAUAUGAAACGAAGACCCGCCUGGACCGAUCGGAUACUGUACGCGGUGAACGAGAACAACUACCGAAAUGUGCGUCUGACGGUAGAGCAAACGUCGUACAAAAGCCAUCCAAGUUACAGUAUUAGCGAUCACAAGCCAGUUACGAGUGAGUUCACCCUAAAGUGUACGCUGGAGGCUAGCCGGGACGAGAAUGGCAAUCUGUACGCUACCACCACGGCUAGCCGGAAGCUUAAGACGAUACGCCGUAAGAAACGGCGUCCUGCGGCGCUGCACAGCACCAAACAGGCGGACGCACCCAGGGAGGCUAGGGUGAAUCGAAAAUCUCAGUACAAUGUGGAACACUUCCGGAAUCAGCAUAACAAUCGGCUUAGCUACAAGCUCGCCAUGCGUAAUAAUACCGAUGUGCAUUCUUUCGACGAUCUCGUCACGGAUCUGAUCGAUUACGGACAGGUGUACGAGGAUACGACCGAGCGGACGAUUACGUUCAAGCCGAUCGAGCUGUGGCUGGUCGGCGAACCGAACACCAUCGAGUACGUCAUCCCGAACGGUUUCGAGGAGGGUAAUGCCGACUGGAUCGGUAUCUAUCGGGAAAACUUCACUAGUCUGAGCGAGUACCUAGCGUACGAGUACACGGAAACGUACAAGGACAAGCAGCACCAGCUGAACGAGCAGCAGCUUCAACAUCUACAAAACACCCGCACGGUGCAGCUGACAUUUUCGGAAAACGUCAGCCUUCCGCUAGACUCGCGAUACCAGCUGCUCUAUUUCCAAAGCACCGGUACCCGUGGAGUUACCGGGUUGGUCGGCAUUAGCGACUCGUUUGCAGUCGAGAAGCGAUGCCCAUCGCCCUCAUUCGACGAAAUUGAUUGAUCGCGGCGCAAACGGUACU